AGUCUGUGUGUGUUCACCCCCCCUGGAAUCAAGGAAGGGAAACCCCGGCUCAUCCCUGCCGGGCCCAUCGCCCAGGGCACCACCAUCUCUGCCUACGUGGCCAAAUCGAGAAAAACGUUGCUCGUGGAAGACAUCCUUGGGGACGAACGAUUUCCACGAGGUACUGGCCUGGAGUCUGGGACUCGUAUACAGUCUGUUCUUUGUUUACCAAUUGUCACUGCAAUCGGUGAUUUGAUUGGCAUCCUUGAGCUGUAUCGGCACUGGGGCAAAGAAGCCUUCUGUAUGAGUCAUCAGGAGGUCGCGACAGCAAAUCUUGCCUGGGCUUCAGUAGCCAUCCAUCAGGUGCAGGUGUGCAGAGGCCUUGCCAAGCAGACCGAAUUGAAUGACUUCCUACUUGACGUAUCCAAGACAUAUUUUGAUAACAUAGUCGCAAUAGACUCUCUACUUGAACACAUAAUGAUAUAUGCAAAAAAUCCGGUGAAUGCCGACCGUUGUGCACUUUUCCAGGUAGACCAUAAGAACAAGGAGUUAUAUUCAGACCUUUUUGAUAUCGGAGAGGAAAAGGAAGGAAAAGCUGUCUUCGAGAAGACCAAAGAAAUCAGAUUUUCAAUUGAGAAAGGGAUUGCUGGUCAGGUAGCAAGAACAGGGGAAGUCCUGAACAUUCCAGAUGCCUAUGCAGACCCACGCUUCAACAGAUUCCUCAGGUGCUCAGAGGAGACCAGCAGCACGUCUGGGAGAUCCUCGGGACCACAGGCCCUCAGCUGCACCUUCUCCCCUCCGAAGAUGAUGAGGACGCUACUCAUGUCCUUGGUCAGCUGCCUCGUUGCCAUAAAUGAGGCCAAGCUCAUCAAUCGCUGUGACUUGGCCAGAGUGCUGCACAAGGAGGAUCUGGAUGGGUUUGAGGGCUACUCCCUGAGUGACUGGCUGUGCCUGGCUUUUGUGGAGAGCAACUUCAACCUAUCAAAGGUAAAUGAAAAUGCAGACGGCAGCUUCGACUAUGGCAUCUUCCAGAUCAACAGCCACUACUGGUGCAAUGAUUACAAGAGUCACUCGGAAAACAUCUGCCACGAGGACUGCAAAGAACUGCUGAGCCCCGAUCUUCUCUCAACCAUCAACUGUGUGAAAAAGAUUGUGUCUGGAGCAGGGGGAAUGAAGAACUGGGUGGCAUGGAGGUUGCACUGUGCGGGCCGGCCACUCUCCUACUGGAUGACGGGGUGUCACAAGGAAUGAGACAGGCGUGGAGUCAUUCCAGCGUUCCUCUUCUCGCCUGGGGAUUCUUCAUGCCUUCUUCCUCUUGCCUCCACUUCACGUUAUUUUCUUUCCUUCCCAUGUUCAAAAAGGACUGACCGGAGCCCCAGGAAUAAAUGGUUUUCUAGGGCUUUCUCCUUGUACCCAUCCAGGCCCCGGCCCCUGGUUCCUGACUGUCAUUCGCAAACCAAGAGAGGACCACAGUGAAGAAGUUGUUAUAUUUGGGGAAUUGUUAAAGCAUUCCUUGUGCAAAGAAUGUGUUGAUUUAUUCAUCUUUAAUUCCAGAUAUCUUCGAGUACCUAGUAUGGCGGGAGGGUGGCAGGUACUAGAAGAAGGAAGGUAAAUCGUAACCAUUGUCCUUGAGGUGUUCACCAUCUGCCUGGAGAAGCAGAGACACACACGAAUACUGGCUACAGCGAAUGAGUGGAUACAUACAAUGAAUACAUGGUGCUGAUGUGGAGUCGAACCUGCAAAAUGACACCGCAAAGACAGAAAAGGGGCAGUUGGAGCAAUGUUCUACCCAUGGCUACGAUCGGAACUGCCUGAAUAAACUGUCCCGCCUGGGCCACUGCUGUCCCUACUUCUGAGCCUUAACUACUUCAGCUCUGAAGUGAGAGAUUUGACAUUUGAGCGGUUCCCAGACUUUUGGACUUCACAGACCAGUAAAACACGAAAAAAGUUAAGGCCAUGUUAAAAUUUCCAACUUUUUAUUUUAAU